UUCGUUACCAUCAAAUUCAAUCAGCACGUUGGUUGUGAAUGCUAAAGAUUAGAAUUACGUAAUAUCUUCGUGAAUCAAAGAGUGGUUAUUAGUGUAUCGAAGUUGCUAUAAAAGUAAUUCAAACAAUCGCUGCAUUUAUUAAAAAUGUUGGAACCGUUAGUCAGUAAACUCAACGAUUUACGGGUUAUUUUGGCCAGUGGUUCUGAACAACGUGCUGCUUUGUUGAAAAGCACGAAACUCAAAUUCGAAAUAGUGCCAUCUAAUUUUGAGGAAAAUUUAGAUCCAAAAGAGCACACUUUUUCCGACUUUGUUGAAAAAACAGCUUUAGGAAAAGUCAAUGAUGUKUGGGAACGGCUGAAAAGUGACGAAAGAAAACCUGAUAUUAUUAUAGGAGCUGACACCAUGGUCACCUUCAAUGGACGCAUGUAUGGGAAACCCAAGACUAAAGAACAAGCCAUAAAAACAAUCACAGAAUUAACACACUCGCCAAAUAUACCAAAUUUAGUCUAUACUGGAAUAGUUGUGAAGUACAAAAGCGAUUUUCAUAAAUUUACUGAAGUUACGACCGUUUAUAUGGCAAAAUUGUCUCCUGAGGAAAUUUUAGCGUAUGUGGAGACAGGCGAACCUAUGGGUAAAGCUGGUGGGUAUGGCAUUCAAGGUAUUGCAAGCACUUUCGUCGACCGGAUCGAAGGUGAUGGAAAUAACGUUAUCGGAUUGCCUUUGUCUCGAUUGGCUCAACUAUUUAAACAAAUAGUUUUAAAUCAAAAAUAAGCUAUAAGCUUAGCGAAUUUAUAUUCCUGACUAUAAAUUAAAAAAUAAUAUUUUUUUUGUGUU